CGUCGACAACAUGGCUACCGAACAAUCACCAGAGGCAAAGGAGUUGUCCCUUGUGGGCAAAGUAGAGAUGCGCAUAGCACUUGCCGACGUCGUACUACAAAGCGUUGCUUCUGCAGCCAAGACGUCGCCCACCCAUGGUUCUCAGAUGUUCAAUCUGCUCCUCCAGCUAUUGAAAUACUUCAAGCUCCCGCCAAGAGGCGCCAAAGAAGACGACGAGUUGCGUUCAACUCUUCAGCUCAGUAUCGAAGAUACUUCAUUCUUGGCCUUUUGGUUCGGAAGGUUGAUUCUGUUCUCUGUUGUCAGAGGCACCAGCAACACCGCCUCAGUGACUUGCCCUGGUCUCAGACCCAGUGAAUACUCCUUUCUGACAUUGCAAAAUAAAGAAGAUGUUUGGAAUCCAGCAUCUCCCAUGGGUCUUAACCUGCUCGAGACCAAGUCAAGUAAGAGAGUCCGGGUGCCGCUGCAGCUGAAGAUUCUCGGAUUGUUUGCUAAAUCAACCAUAAGCACCACAUUCACCGAACAGAUCGUCAGACUCGUCAACGAUGGUAUUGCGACCUCAGACAAUAACAACUCAUCUUCACUUGGGAGAGAAGCGACAAGACUUCGUGCGGCCAUAUUCGUCUAUAUCAACUUUGUGGCUCGUUUUGGCAGUGAAAAGAGUCUCUACGCCAUCGCCCCUAGAGUCCUCGGAAGAUUGCGAGAAUACAUUGAGGGACAAAGUUGGCCAAGACCUAGUCACAAUGAGGAUCUUGUCUCCCGCGGCUAUGCUUAUGAGGUGAUUGGUCUAUUGGCCAAAGCUGGUCCCAAGGAUCUGGUGGUCGAGCCGAACCUGGACAUUCUACGCUGGCUUCUUGAAUCCUUAGCUCUGGACACAACUUCAAGCUCAGUCACUGUCAGCAUUGAGGAGUCGCUCUCAACCAUGCUGGGAGCAUUUGCAAAACAUCAAGAUUUAGAGACUGCGAUCAGUCUCGAAAAUCUUCUGAUUGACCAAAUGUACAGAUCUGGAACACCUCAACGUCGCAGUACUCGCUACGUCGCUGUUCGAUACGCCAAUCGUUGCUUACCUUAUGCGUCUGUAAAGGCUCGCUGGGUGAACUUGCUAGCCAUUGCUGCUGAAGCCACUGACAGACAAGAAGUUGUUGAAGAGGGCAGACGCGGGCUUAGUCCAUACUGGUACCGUAUGCUAAAUGGUUCGAUUGGAAUGUCCGAAACAGACGAAAGUGUCAAGUUUCCUCUCUUCCAAGACUUGAUGGAAUACGCCUUCUAUCAAGUGAACGCGGAUAUGUUGGGCUCCUCCGAAGACCGCGAUCCUGCAAAGGCAGUCGAGCAACUCUUUUCGCGACACCCAAGUGCAUUUAUGGACACGAUUAAAUACUGUCGACGCGUCUUCAUGCACAAUGCCAUGUCCAAGAGCUCGACUCAAGUCAAGCUAGACGCCGACUGGGAAUACAAGUUCGACACUGCGAUUGAAAACGAUGAGCAAAUCAGACAGACGGUCAAAGAGUGCAUUGCACACCUUGCUGCUGGUGGACAGAUCGCUGCCACAAAUCUGCAGCUCUUGUUACAGGCGUUCUCUGUAAGCGUGUUGAUUCCUGAAGGCAGCAAGGUCAAGGUCGAAGACACAGAUAAGCUGUUCCUGGAUCUUUGUGCUCUCAGCCCGGAUUCACUUGUUGAAACAGUGGCUCCGCGGUUUGCUGGUUUGAUGCCCUCGAUCUUCUCAAACAAGCUCACUACAAGACAAUCUGCUGCUCAUGCUUUCGGUCUGCUCGCUUCUCAUCCUAGGAACCAAAUCGAUCGCCCAGCAGAAGUGCUACAUGCUGUCCAGCAACUUUUGAGCAAGGUUUCAGGUUGGCGCGAUGCUGUGGGCGCAGCAGCAAACCAAGUCCAUGGAGCCGUGUCUGCGUUGGGUUUCUUCUACAGCAGAUACGCUCUGCGAGGUGGUAACGACUUUGAGUCUUCAGCACCCUUCUCAGAAUAUACAACCAAGGUUGUAGAAAUCCUUCUCCAAUCCACCGACAAGGUGUUGCAAGAGGCGAGCUAUAACGCUAUCGGUGAUUUGUGUCUGUUCCAGGCAAUCAAACCAGCUAUCUUUGAGGAAUUAGGCGGCUUUAAGGUCAUCAUCGAUAAGACGGCUGACAUAGCCAGGGGAGGUAGCGAGAGUGCAGCUCUGGCUGUUGGACAGAUGGCCACUGUACUCGAAGAACCACCACUCGAAGCAGGCACCGAAGAAAAGUCAAUCCUUGAGCAUACCUCAGAGCGUUUGCAUCAGCUGCACGAUAUUCGACAAGCCGAGACACACUUUUCAGUUGGUGAAGCUUUGAGCUAUACGGCGGUUGGCUGGAGGUCCAAAGCUCUUAUCCACCGCAUUGAUAUAGAGUCUCCAGUGCCAACUGGGCCCCAACGAAUCAACGCGUUGCGCAAUCUACUUGACAGAACGCUCCAGGAUUGCAAACAAACUAAGCCAUCGCUCAAGAAGGCAUCAGUCAUCUGGCUACUAUGUCUGGUGCAGUUCUGUGGCCAUCUAGAAGAAGUUCAAAAUCAGUUGGCUGCCUGCCAGGUGGCUUUCAAGAAGUGCCUUUCUGAUCGAGACGAAUUGGUUCAGGAGACAGCUUCCAGAGGUCUUGGUCUCGUCUACGAAAAAGGAGAUAGGAGCUUGAAGGAUGACCUGGUCAGAGAUCUGAUCGGAUCGUUCUCUUCUGACAACAAGGCACAGCUGGCCGGUAGCGUCACUGCCGAAACCCAACUCUUUGAGCCUGGAGCGCUUCCCACUGGUGAUGGAUCCGUCACCACCUAUAAAGAUAUUAUGAGUCUUGCCGCGGAGGUCGGUGACUCUAGUCUAGUAUAUCGCUUUAUGUCAUUGGCGUCUAGCAAUGCUAUCUGGUCGAGUAGAGCUGCAUUUGGCAGGUUCGGGCUCAGCAACGUCUUAUCGGACUCGAGUGUAGAUGGAUACCUCGCCAGCAACCCGAAAUUGUACCCCAAGCUCUAUCGGUACCGAUUUGAUCCAAAUCCUAAUGUUCAGAGAUCGAUGACUGAUAUCUGGAAUGCACUGGUCAAAGACUCUACAGCAACCAUCGACUCACACUUUGAUGCCAUCAUGGAUGAUCUGCUACUGAACAUCCUCGGUAAAGAAUGGCGAGUCCGUCAAGCGUCAUGUGCAGCGAUCGGUGACCUCGUGCAAGGUCGACCUCUGGAGAAGUACGAAAAGUACCUUGAGAAGAUCUGGGGCGUCUGCUUUAAAGUGCUCGACGACAUCAAGGAGUCCGUUAGAGCCGCAGCAGCAGCUCUGGCUCGCGUACUCACGGGUAUCCUCACAAGAUCACUCGAGGCAGAUUCCAUGGCAUCGAAGAAUGCUGCAGUGCUGCUGAAGAACGUACUCCCUUUCCUUCUCUCUACGUCUGGCAUCGAGUCGAGCGCGGAAGAGGUUCAGACCUUCUCCUUGCAUACCCUGUUGGAGAUCAUCAAAAAGGCUAGCGGCAGNAUCUUGCGACCAUUCAUUCCUGAAUUGGUCGAGCGUCUGGUAGGUCUUUUGAGUAUACUUGAGCCGCAAGCUGUCAACUACUUGCAUCUCAAUGCAAGCAAGUACAAUCUCACGGAGCAGAAGAUUGACGAUAUCCGUCUGUCAAGUAUUCGCAGCAGUCCUCUGAUGGAAGCCAUUGAAAGGUGCCUAGAUCUCCUUGAUGAGCCCUCAAUGGAACAGCUCCAACCUCGUCUCGAAGCUGCUAUGAAGAGUGCAGUGGGACUGCCAUCUAAGGUCGGCUGCAGUCGCGUUCUGGUCUCCCUUAGUACACGUCACAACGUGCUCUUCAAGCCUUAUGCAGACCAGUUUCUGAGGCUGAUUGAGAGACAAGUGAUCGAUCGCAACGAGACAGUAUCCAGUUCGUACGCUGCUUCGUCAGGUUAUGUCGCCCGGGGUGCAUCAGACAAACAGAUAAUUCGGCUGAUCAGCUUUGCUAAGAAGCUUUAUUUCGAAAGUGAAGGAGACCGCGAACAAGCAGUCCCACGCCAGAGCAUUGCAGCUGCCGAAAUUAUGCAAGCAAUAUCGAAGCAUGCAAACGAUCGUUUCAACUCUCUUGCAUCUGAUCUUUUACCUUUCAUUUUCUUCGGCAAGCAUGACUCUCACGAUCAGGUCAAAGAGAUCUUCGGCAACACAUGGGAAGACAAUGUUGGUGGCAGCCGAGCCAUCUCUCUUUACCUGAAAGAGAUUUUGUUGAUGGCUCAGGAGCAUAUGGACUCACCGCAAUGGGUCAUCAAACAUACAGCAGCCCGGUCAGUCGCCGAUGCUACAACGGCUCUUGCGUCAAUGAGCAGUGGGUUCGAUACUACGACCAGCCACUUGGUAUGGCCCGUUCUCGAGAAAGCACUCGGCGGCAAGACCUGGGACGGCAAAGAGGCGGUACUCUACGCAUUCGCCAAGUUCGUAGAAGGCACCAAGCAUAUCUGGUCGGCUGAAGAUGCUGUCGCAAAGACAUUCGUCAAGAUUAUUUUAAGAGAAGCCAAACGACAGAAUGUGACGUACCGACCGCAUGCCCUCAAGGGUCUAGGCCUCAUCGCUUCAAGCCGAGAAGACCUCGACCUGUUUGACGCAAUGUGCGAUGUGAUUAAACCUGUGUUCACUGCCGCAGUGGAGACCGAGAACGAAGACACCAUGGAUGUGGACAAUGGAAUUGGAGCCGGCGACAAGGAUUCGCGGGAAACCACUAUUGUCAACGGUGUCGAAGCGCUGUACAGACCCUUUGACCAUUCGGAUGUGGCUUGGAUGGCAGAUAGGAGACUCAUGGAGAAGAGGUUGGACCGCGUCGUCGAAACCCUGCAGGUAUUGCAGCCGAUGCGCACCGAAGGACACGCGAGUCUCCGAAAGAUGAUGGACAAGGCCAAGACGAGUCUGUUGGCUUGUCUUCGAGGGGACUUUGGAGAGAGCAACUCCGGCCGCGAAUGGCGUCGUCAAAUUGAGGGGCUGCAGACGACGACG